AUGUUCUGCAACCCGACGUUGGCCCUUAACGGCUCGGCAAACCGCUUCUGGAUGAGCACUAAUCUUGCGAUCAUCGUCGUCGUCGUUAUUCUUCAUAUCACUGUAUGGGUUAUCCUUAAAAGAAAAGCAGUGGAUUAUCCUGGUGCUUGUUCAAAUAGAACAUCAGAAGCAACACGAGUAAAAAUUGACAGCAUCAUUAUUCUGGUUGUACAUGAAUGGUUUGUGCAGAUAUCCUCAUUGGAGAGCGGAGCACUCCCCAACGAAAAAGGCACGAAUUUCGUGCAUUCGGCAUUUCUGCUUCUACCACUAUCUACCCACUCUUAG